AACCCACAUUGUUGACGAGCCAAAGUAACCAUGCGAUUACUCAGACUACUGUUUCUAGCUGUGUUGAUUCGGCUUGCGGUUGGAUCACCAGGAGAUGACUUGGAUGAUUUCCAGCAUUGUAUUGAGCAAUGUCGUCAACUGACUUGCCAAGAGGGCCAUGUUCACUAUUACAACCGGGCUUGGCUGUUUGUGGAGAUGCCGCUUCCCUUGCAUCUCCAACUCUUGGGAUGGACGUGUGAUCUGAAUUGCGACUAUCAGUGUCAGAGGAUAAUAACCCAGGAGAGGAAGGAUAGAAACGAGGAGGUGUACCAGUUCCAUGGCAAAUGGCCCUUUCUUCGCGUGUUUGGGAUUCAGGAGUUGUUCAGUGUGUUGAUGUCGCUUGGAAACUUAUUUGUGGCGUAUUUGGGAUUUAGAAAGUUGUGGAGCUGUGUCACCAAUACGAAAUUGGGCAGUUUGCGAUUUCAGUUUGUCAAUGCGUUAGUGUUGAAUGUGGUUACCAUGUUUGCGUGGAUAUUUUCGACCGUGUUUCACAUCCGUGAUUUCUUGGUCACGGAACAUUUGGAUUACUAUUUCGCUGGAUUGACUGUCUUGACGGGGUUUCAUGCUGUUGGAGCUCGAGUGUUUUCCUUGUAUCGCCCAGAUCGUGUGCUUUUACGGUGGUCGUUCACCAUUGGAUGUAUCUCGGCCUAUAUGUACCACAUCCAUAGGCUAAUCACAGACUGGUCAUAUACGUACAACAUGAGAGCAAAUAUAUUUAUUGGUGUUUGGCAAAAUGUGUUUUUUGCAUUGUUGUGCUACACGCUUUACUCGAAGUAUUACUGGUUGGAACAAUCCGAAGAGAAGAAUUUAUGUCAUUUGAACUAUAUCCAUUUCAAACAAGUCAUAUUACCAAGUUUCUACUCCAGCAGUCCCAAAUUAUACUCGUUAUAUCCGUUGUUGCUAUGCACUAUAGUUGCCCUUGGUAUGUCGCUUGAAAUAUUCGACUUCCCGCCAUUCUUUUACGAUUUGAUCGAUGCCCACAGCUUAUGGCAUCUAGUGACAAUAAUUCCCGCAUACAUGGGCUGGUAUGAUUGGAUCAUCUGGGAUAUCUCGGAGAAUGUCAUUGGAGAACUAGUUGAACUUGAAACAAAGAAGAAGAAGGAAUAAUCGUGUAUUUUUAUAUACAUAUAUAGUUAAUGUAUCUAAUCGCUC